CGGACGAGUUAUCUGGACAUUACUAUGAUGGAGCGUGGUAUUGCGUCCAAGAUACCAAGAUUGGGUCUGAUAUCGCUGACCGGAAGCCCCUGUCCGAUCGGCAAGCCACCACCACGUUUCCCGUUUUCUGGGCAAGGGUAUUCGCCGGCACAACUCCAAAACUGACUCCUGGCACGUUGGAGAAGCGCCCAAGCUCACUAUCUUGCCGCUAUCUACCCCGAUAAUAUGGGGCCAACCCAUUCGGCCCACAACCAACCCCAGAUUCUGUGACCGCGUGCUAUCAGGGCAUGGGCCGUAUCUGCGCUGUCCCGAUGCAGCGGGUAUAUAUGAGCAUCCACAGCACCUCGAUAUCGAUCAUCAUCCAUCAUUGUCGCAUCAAGAAACGCUCUGCUCAACAUGUCGAACGAGAAGCACGAAGAUGUCAUUCAGCCAACACACAGCAGCACCGACAGCAUCGAGGUAGGCAAGGCCGACCUUGAAGAUGGCGAAGUCUUCAGGACAGGCGAGGGUCUGGUCGAUUUCCGUACCGUAUCGUGGAUCCAUUCGUCUGUGAUCUUCCUGAAGCUCAUCUUCGCAACUGGUGUUCUUACUAUCCCAUCUGCCAUGUUCACCCUAGGAGCCCUUCCAGGCGCAAUCAAUGUGCUAGGCUGGCAAUUCCUCAACACUUGGUGCGCCCUCGUACAAGGACAGUUCAAGGCCAAUCAUCCUGGUUGCCACAGUAUCGCAGACAUGGGCCAGCUCGUUGGCGGAAGAGUCGUCAAGGAGAUAUCUGGAAUCCUGUUUCUCGUUGCUUUCAUCAUCGUCGGAGCGUCCGGUAUGGUGGGUGUCUCAACUGCUUUGAACGCUCUGUCGAACCACUCCCUCUGCACAAACUAUUUCUCCAUCAUUGCGGCCCUGAUGAUCGGUUUGUGUGCAAGUGUGCGAAGGUUCGAGAAGCUUACAUGGAUUACAUGGGCUGGCUUCGCUUCGGUCUUCAUCGCCGUUUUUAUCGUGGUCGUCGGAGUUACAACUCUUGAUCGUCCAGCUGCAGCACCUCAAACUGGAGAUUACGAAUUCGGAUACAACGUCAUCGCCAGUCCAACAUUCGCUGCGGGUAUCACCGCAGCAUCUACCAUCUUCUGCUCCGGCGCCGGAACAUCAGCCUUCCUCCCAGUCAUGUCCGAGAUGCGAAACCCGAGAGAAUAUGCCAAGGCAGUCAACGUGUGCAUGGGUAUCGUCACAGCCGCAUACUUGUCGUUCAGCCUCGUCGUCUACAAGUACUGUGGCCAAUGGGUCGCCUCGCCGUCCCUUGGCAGUGCUGGACCUAUGGUCAAGAAGAUUGCCUAUGGUGUGGGUCUUAUCGGUCUCUGCGUCAGUGGUGCACUUUACGUCCACGUCAGUGCGAAGUAUGUCUUCGUCCGCAUUUUGCGAAAGUCGAAGCACCUACAGGCCAACACUGCUGUCCACUGGGGAACAUGGUUUGGAUGUGUAGCGACCAUGACCAUCAUCAGCUUCCUGAUCGCUUCUGGAGUACCGAUCUUCAACUAUCUGCUCUCGUUGGCUGGCAGUAUCGCAUUUGCGCCUCUCGCACUUGGACUACCUGGCUGGCUGUGGAUUUAUGACCACGCUGACUACUGGCGAGGCAACCUGUGGAAGAAGACGCUGUAUGGACUGCAUAUCGUUUUGAUCUUGAUUUCGGCGUUCUUGACUGUUGGAGGAACGUACGGAGUUAUCGUGCAGAUCAUGGAUGCGUAUAAGGACGGGUCCAUUGACUCGGCUUUCUCUUGUGCUGAUAACAGUAACUCUUCCUGAGCAAUGGAGAUUAGAUGUAGAUUCGUUAGUUCGUAAUAAUGGCAGAACAAUUGCA